CUCCCUUUUUCUUCAACUCUCUCUCUCUUUCUCACCCAAAGAGCUUACAAUAGUAAGACACCGACAGUUGCAGCCAGAUCGCGCUCUAAAAGAUCUUGAGACCUAACUUUUCUCAAUUUCUCGAUCUACCUCAACUCUCAGUUUGAUUUCAGGCCCUCUUGUCUUAGAUUGAAUUUAAGAUAAUAAUGUCAAGGAGGCCAGGGAAUCCUGCUAGACGUUAUGCUGAUGGGGGGAGUCUUCCUUUUGCUGGUUCAAUGCAUUCUAAAUCACGUUCAUCGCCGCUACUAUCCGUUGGCCUUCUUGUUGUGGGCGCAAUCCUUCUCAUUGGAUAUCUUUACAGUGGUUCAGGUGGGCGUACCAGCGAUAGAGAAGCUUUAGGCAAUGCAGAAGGUGGUGUUUCAUGCACAUCAGAAGUCCAAAGAGCGAUACCUAUUCUGAAGAAGGCUCAUGGUGACAGCAUGCGUAAAGUGUUGCAUGUUGGCCCUGACACUUGCUUAGCAGUAUCAAGCUUAUUAAAAGAAGAGGAUACCGAGGCCUGGGGUGUGGAACCAUAUGACUUAGAUGAUGUGAGUGCCAGCUGCAAGGGUCUUGUGCGCAAAGGCCUUGUUCGUGUGGCUGACAUCAAAUUUCCUUUGCCCUACCGGGCAAAAUCAUUCUCUCUUGUUGUAGUGUCGGACGCUUUGGAUUAUUUGUCUCCGAAGUAUCUCAACAAAACUCUUCCAGAAUUGGCGAGAGUGUCAGCUGAUGGCUUAGUUAUAUUUUCUGGCCAUCCAGGUCAGCAAAGAGUUAAAGUUGCAGAAAUGUCGAAGUUUGGUCGUCCAGCCAAAUUUCGGAGCUCAUCCUGGUGGAUAAGGUACUUUGUUCAGAUUGGUUUACAAGUGAAUGAACCCGCCAUAAAGAAGUUUGAGCAGGCUUCGUUGAAGAAGUCAUACAAGCCAGCCUGCCAAGUUUUCCACCUCCAGUCACACGAUUGAAAGUAUUGAUGUUUCAACAACUUCCAUUGCUCUUUCUGCGAAAUGGCAGCAAACCACGGCCAAUGAUAAGCUAUGUCGUGGAAUACGUUCUCUUUCUUCCUUACCUUGAUAACAGUAGAUCUCCUUUAUCAUUAUUUAUCGAGAAAAGUAAAGCAUGUAUGGAUUCACUUACACUAUUCUCUAUAAGAUAAGUUUUUGUACCCUCC